AUGACAGAAACUCAAAUGGAGCAAGCCAAAAAUGAAUACAUGGAAAAUUUAAAAAAACUUACGUCUGAUCGUGAUUCCAUAGAGAGGUCCACUACUUUACAAAGGGAUAGUAGCGAGUGGAUAGAGAUAAGGCAGAAGCUUAUAGCAGCCUCUAACUUUGGCUCCAUAUCCCAUGGAGUAGAAAACGAACAUCAGGCGCUGCUGCAAUUACAGCGACAAGAGAACGUUAAUAUUUUGCCCUGUGGAUUAUUUAUUGACAAAUCUCACUGUUAUAUUGGGGCCACGCCUGACGGGUUGAUUGGGACUGAUACGAUUGUCGAAAUUAAGUGUCCAAUAACAGCAUCAAAACAAGGGUUGGUGAAAGCUAUAGAAGAAAAUAAAAUUCAAAUAAUAAAAUAUAAUAAAAAAACGAUGACCAAAACCAUUAACAAAAAUAGUAAAUGGUUCUACCAAAUCCAAGGACAACUUCAUAUCACAGGACGGCGUGUGUGUCUCCUUGGGAUCUGGGCAGGAGAGAAUGAGCCUAUACAUACAGAGCGCAUUGAAAAAGAUGACGAAUUCUGGCAAAAAAAUAUGGAGCCAAAGCUGGUACAAUUUUAUUUGAAGUGCUUGCUACCAGAACUAGUGGACAGCAGAUAUGAACGUGGUAUGCCCAUUAGGGAUCUGACAUUGCAAAAUAAAGAAAACAUACAGCCCAAUAGUUGCACAUCGUCGUUAUUGUCAGAAUCACAUGCGGGUCCAAGCUCACGAGUGGUCAAUAUUGAUCAAUUU